CUGCAGCAGCCCAACACACACACACACACACACACGGCUCCAGCUCUGACUGAGCCGCUGACAGGGAUCCCGCUGUAAAAGCCCCAGGUAGCCCCUGCCCAUCUGAUCCGCAGCAGGAAAGCUCCAUUCUCAGCCACAGGCUCCAGGGAGCCAACCCUCCUGCUGCCCACCAUGGAUGGGACAGAUGUGGAACAAGUGACCCUUGCCCUACUAGAUGCAGCCAAUGAUAAAGACCCAGAGGUCCAGGAGCAGGUCAGAAAGUCUAUGUUAACGCUGGGAAAACAGCAGCCAGACCGAGUGUUAGACAUGUGUCAGGACUACCUCCUGAAACAUCCAAAGCUGGUCGUGGGCCACAGGGUUGUGAUUCUUCAGACUAUUGAACUGAUAGCCAGCUGCAGGAUAGAGGAGAUCAGCUCCCUCAGGAUAAAAAACAUUAUCUCUCUGGCCUCAGAUGAGAUGACACGAUCAAAGGAAGUAAUCCCUGACUGGCAGCAAGCGGCAAGUAAUAUUUUGGUUGCUGUGGGUAACAAGCACAUCAAUGACAUCAUGGAGGAGAUAUUAAACAAAUUCCAGCCUGGGGUCCUACCUCACUUCUUUGUGGUCCAAACAUUAGCUAACCUCUCUGAUUCCAAUGUUUAUGGCAUGGUACCCUUCCUGAAUGCAAUACUGGGCACCAUGCUGCCCAUGCUGAGCAUGGCCAAACAGGACAACAUGAAGUGGGUCUUCUCCUCUGCCUUGUGUCAUUUCAGCGACAGUAUCUUGGAAUACCUGGCCAACCUGGACAAGGCUCCAGAUCCCACAGUCAGGAAAGACACAUUCUCCAGUGAAAUCUAUGCUGCUUUUGAAAUCCUCUUCAAUAAUUGGUUACAAAGCAGGGAGUCUAAGUUGAGGCUGACUGUGGCAGAGGCAGUGGGCUCUAUGUGCCAUCUGAUGGCCAGCGAUAAACUGGAGGAGCAACUCCCCAAACUCAUUCCUGCCAUCCUGUCCUUGUACAAGAAAAACAAUGAGCACUACAUCAUCAGCAAGAGUCUAAGCCAAGUGCUUGAUGCCUCUGUCAACAUGGGCAGCAGAGUGCUGGAGACACAACUCGACAGUCUACUCUUUGCUCUGCAUCAACAGGUAUCUGCCCCCACUGAUUACAAUAACCCUCCGACUGUCAAGAACCACAACGAGGUCCUGCGCUCCUUCAGUUUGCUGGCUAACUCCUUCCCAGACCGAAUGGUGAUGUUUGUUCUUCAGAAGUUGGAGAACAGUAAUGAGCGGAGCAGGAUGGGCUCCCUGGCUGUCCUCCGCCACCUCAUUAACUCCACCACUUCUACAAUGGAGAGUAAGAAGUUGCUUAUUCUGGCCAGUAUCAGACAUCCAAUGGCCGACCACAGCAACAAGGUGAAGAAGCGUGUGGUCCAGGUGAUCAGUGCGAUGGCCCAUCAUGGUUAUCUAGAGUUAGAGGGAGGAGAGUUAUUGGUUCGGUUCAUAGUUCAACACUGCGCCUUACCUGACACGUACCAGCGAGGCGAGAAGCCAACAGAUCCAGAGGAAGUGACGAAUGAGUCCUUGAGGAUGAUGUGUGACAACACCCUUCAUCUCCUGACCACCACGGUUGGUCGACUAGCUGAUGUGCUGUGGCCCAAGCUGCUGUUCUAUCUAACCCCUUCACAAUACAGCAAUGCCACCACCCCUCUGUGUAAGAGUCUGAUAGUGCUGGGCAACAAGAAGAAAACUAACCAGGAGCCAAGCUUUAACAUUGAUUUUACACAGGAAGUCAAUCUGCCCUCUCCUCAAACACUAAUGAUCAGACUGCUGGUGAAUGCAGCAUUCCCGCUUAGUAGCAGAGGUCACGGAGCUCCAUCACUCGCCCUCCUUCAAAUCCUCAGUGUCAACAUUCACCCCAAUACAGAGAUUCUCUGGGAUAAAGAGAUCCCUCCUCUGCUGAGUGCACUCGAGGAAACAACAGCACAGAGCCUGGAUAAGAGGCAGUGGAAUGAGCAGCUGCUGAAGUUCCUCUCUAAAACCCUGGUUACUAUUGACGAUGACAAGUGGGUGUGUCAGUUGGCAGCAGAGACUACGCGCUAUAUCUCCACGUAUAACAACGCCCUGGAGGAGAAGAGUUUCCUGUAUCAGUGCAUAGGAGUGACUCUCCAACAGUGUUUCAACAAGGAGCUGGUGAAAAAACAACUGCAGGAAGUCCUCCUCACAGCACGGCACAAUGACGCUGUGGAAAGAGAGGGAGUUGCGAUGGGCGUCGGUCUGUGUGCUAACAGCCACCUAGAGGGAACUCUGGCUAAGCUGGAGGAGUUUGGCAAAUCAGAUGCCUUCAAGAAGUCACCAAGCAUUUUCAACCUACUCAAAGACCGUAAUGAUGUUGAGGUGGAGAAGGUGAAAAGCACAUUAAUCCUGUGUUAUGGUCAUGUGGCUCUGAAUGCACCUCCAGAAAAAAUACUUAACCGCAUAGAUCAAGACAUCCUGCGUUGCAUCAGCAAACACUUCAAUACAAAGGUUCUGGGGAUAAAAGUAGAGACCAAGGACCUGACGAUGAAACUAAGUCUGAUUCAGAGUGUUGGCCUCAUAGCCAAAGCCAUCAGCGUGUGUGUGAAGAAACAAGGCUACGUCUUCUCUCGUAAACAGGAGCUCAUUGGCGUUAUGAUGGAUUUUAUUAAAGCAGAGCCGGCUGACUCAUUGCGGACUCCAGUGCGCCACCUUGUGAUGACCACAUGUUCCAAUCUAAUACCUCUGGAUCCUGCACUGAGUGAGAAUGAAAGCUUCGACCUAUUGAAGAUUUGUGUGAACAGUGUGUUUUCUCUGCCACCUGAGACACAAACUCCAGAGAAGAUUAAAGAAGAGGAGGUUCUGGAACCCAAGAAAAGAAAGGCAUUACACAGAGACACAUUGGCUGCACUGCAGGAGCUGCUGAAGAGUGUUUUGGCCAAAGACCCCACACCUGAUGGCCUGCAGAAUGUCUUCAAGCACAUUGAAUCAUGGUUGAGCUCCGGACAGGACCACGAGAGAGAGAGAGCUGUCACAGCUACUGCUCACAUCAUGUCGUACUACCUGGAGAACCUGACUGUCAAGAACAUGGUAUCCUUCCACAACCUCGGCGCUUUGCUGGGCCGACUGUCUCCACGUUGUUCGGACCCUCACCCUGCUGUACGCACUGCUGCUAUUGAAUGCAUAUACACACUGCUCUAUAUACAGCUACGAUAUGAAGGUUUCUCUCUGGAUUAUAAGGAUGAAGCCGUGGACAGUUUGUUGCCCUUAAGAGACAAACUAGAAAACCCUGACCACUCAGUUCUCUACAAGACCUGCUCUGACCUCACUAAGGUGAUGAGUAAGCGUCUGCCUCAGCAGCAGCUGACAACAUUGGUGUUCAUGUUGUUUGAGGGGCUGGUCGACAGUCAGACAAACUGUUGCAGAGCUUCGUCUGUCAUCCUCAACACACUGCUGAAGAACAGAGGGGGUGGACUGCAAGACCUGGUACCGGAGAUGCUGGAGGUUCUUCAUGUUCGUCUGCAGAGCGUCACAGACGAGCAGGUGCGAGUGGCUGUUGGACAGACCGUGCUAAUCCUGGCUUCUCAACAUCUACAGACAGUUAUUAAUACACUAGUUAACCAGCCACUUCCAUUUGACAGCUGGACCAGCGAGAUGUGGAUGGCACUGGGUGCAGAUCCCAUUGUAGCCAAUCAGAUAAUAGAGAUGGUGAUGGAGAAGUUUCUCAUCAUGGCACCAUAUGUAGACAAGAAGGGGUCCAUGAUAAGAGGAGGGAUGACAAAAGUGGCCACAAACCAGCCGCUAGCUAUGACGUGUGGUCUCAAAGAGCUCCUACUGAAUGGCCAGAGUCAGGAGCCGGCCGUCAGUCAGUUUCCUCAGCUCUUCGCCUGUCUCGUUGUUAGACUUGGAGCAAGUGUCGGAGUCUCGGCACCAAAGGACAACAAUGUUAAGAACGUAGCCUCUUUCCAUGUAGCAGGCGUCGCAGCUGAUGCCCUGAGAAUCUUAUUAGCACGAGCCCAGUUAGAUGAUGUCAUGAAAAGACUGGAUGAUGAUAACGCCUGGGACGCAAUGAGGGAGCAAAAUACACAUGUUACUGGAAUUACACUACUAGCAAGGGCGAUGGCUAAACAUGCUGGUCCCAGGUUGCCCUCCAUUGUGGAGUGUCUGUGUCCCUCCCUAAACAACAUCUAUGAAUGCCAAAGAAUCACCGUCACUGCUUUCUUCUCUGAGCUGUUAAACCAUCACGUGGUGACGGAGCUGAUGUUAAUCGACGUUUUAAUGAACAACAUGAUGGAGAGGAUAUCGGAUUCCUGCUGCACCGUCCGCAUGUUGGCUGUACGAGGGCUGGGCAAUAUCGCAGUGGGAUCCCCUGAAAAAGUGAAUAAAUAUGCUAAGGAGCUGCUGGCAGCCAUGAGUUCAGGCAUGGAAGAGAAAGAUGAUCCAGGUAAACUGAUUACUCUUGAGGCCAUGUCGGGUCUGUCCAAGGUUCUGUUCCACCUGGACAAGAAGAACGUCCAAUUACUGGUGGUUUACAUCUUCAUGAAGAUUAAACCAUUUUUAGAAAGUGAGAACGAUGAGAUCCGCUGUGCUUCCAUCCUCCUCAUGGGGAACCUGUCCAAGUUUGGCUCAGGAGAGCAAGUGUUCAAAGACCAGAUCCACAAUGUUCUUGUCAGCCUGCUGUUGCACCUGGUUGACCCCAACUCACAGGUGGUCAAGGCGUGCAAGUAUGCGAUGCGUGUGUGCGCUCCUGUGGUGGGAUCAGAGAAGAUCACUACCAUGUUUCAGAACCACCUCCACGAUGACAAGAGCCUGCACUAUGGAGAAUUCAUUAAUGACCUCACCAAGUACCUGAUCGAGGACUUUGCAGGCAUGUUGAACUUCUACCACAUCUCAGUCAUCCAGUUCUUCAAGAGCAACUGGUCUGAGGUCAGAGCGGGAGCUGCCAUGUUUAUAGGUUUCCUUCUGGGGAAUCUUCCAGAGGAGCAUUUCUCCCACCUCAACAUGGGAACCAUCACUAAAGGUUUAGUCAUGUUGCUCCAAGAUCCAGAUCCAGUGGUGAGAGCGAAGGCUGCUGAGGCCAUGGGACACUUCCUGUGAGACACACAAAAUAAAUGUUUCCUUUAGUCAGGGCGUAUAUCUUCGCUCUACAUAAAAUACAUGAUUCUCUGCUGUUUUUACUUAAACAUGCAGAUCCUACACUGUGCUGUCAUUUUAUAAAGAUGUAAAAUUUACCAAAUUCCUGUUAUGUUCUUUCAAAACAAGGCGGUAAAACUGUCACAUUUACCAAUGUUACAAAAUCAUACAAGUUAUAAACACAAGCAUUAUAUUACGCACACACAUGCACAUACUGGUUAUUUAGCUUGAAAUGAACUAUGCUAUACUAUACUGAACUAUACUUUAGUGACCAAAGACUGUUGCUCAUGACAGGUGGACGUUGUCCAUAGCAUCUGGUGUUCAGUCAGUGUGACAAUACCAGACACAUACUGUGUUGCAUUCAUGAAAUAGACUUUACAUGAAGUUUCUAAUGCAAAGUUUAAAAACAAGCUUCGACUAGAGUUAAACAUUAUUUUAGAAUAAGUCUGUAGUUUCCUCAGAUAUUAAGUGCAAAUGAGAUGAGGAAUAUUUUAAGAAAUAUCUCACAUGACUCUGGCUGGUACUCUGUGCGUGUGUGUGUGUGUGCGUGUAGUCAUAUUUGUGGUCAUGAAUGUUAGUUUUAGUUUGAGUUACCCUCUGUCUGAUCAACCUGGUAUCCUUAAGUUUGCUCUUAGCUUUAUCUCCAAUAAAGAUCCCUAUUGAUCAGUCAAGAUUAGUAAAAAUAUUUAUAAUAAAAAAAAAAAACAGCUGAAUCAAAAUGCACAAGAACUGCUUUCUAUAUUUGUGUCAGCUAAAUAACGGUACAGAGUUAGUCAUUUGGAUUCAACAUUAAACAUUUGUCUUCCCACAUUACGUUGACAUGAUCUCUUGAACCAGCCAGUCAGAGUUACCAGUGUUACACGGUGAAACAAGCCUGUGUAGCCAUGACAACAGUCUGUGCCAAAUGUCUGUUGAUGUUGUAUAUUGUAAUAGAGCACUCUAAAGAUGUUGUUGAUGAUUUUCUCUCUCACUGUUUGAAUGCACUUAUGGUUGUCUAAGCUUAAUUUCUCCCAUCAAAUGAGUGAGUUUGUCCAAUUAGCAGGCCUCUAUGAUGACAUGUAGAUAUGUUGUAUUAUAUAAGGAUGAUCCACAUGUUUGAUUCCAUAUUACAAGAGUGGGAUACAAAGUACCAAGCAGAGAAUCAGGUGAAAGCAAUACACUUUUGGUAUUUGUAACCUUUUUGUUUGAUUAUGUGUUGGUACAGCUUGAAUGUUUCCGUUGCACUUUUAAGCUUUUGCCACGUGGUCCCUUUUUUUAGAACUGACACAAAAACAAACCUCAGCUGAAUUCCUUCACAAGUCACAUUCACAUCAUUUUUUCUUUGCUCGUGAAUAACUGAGAAAAGCUAUGUCCAGGAAUACAUUUUUUGGUUGUCUGUUGUGAGGGAGGAAUACAGAUGUUUCACCUAAUGUGAUAAGUCUCGUCCAUCGUCUAGCCAUCCAUUAUCUGUACUGCUUAUCGCAUUAUAAGGUCUUUGUGGGAAAUCAGAAGCUGGUCAACUCUUAUUUAACCAGUAAAUAGUCUGCUCCUCCAUCUGUAUUUCACGGCUUAGAGACAGGGGCUUGUGGCUUCUAGCACCUUCUAACACUAUGUCUUGGUCUCUGGUGAAUGGCGAACAGGAAUGAGCAGUGUUCGCUCAGCUGUUAUAAACUUUAUACCACUGAUAUGAUUUUACAUGUCACCUUGUUUUUUUCUACAUGUUGAAUCUUGUUAUUGUCAUUCGUCAGGAUGUGUGAUACAAAGAGGUACGGCAACUUAAAACGAUUCAUAUCUGUGUGUGUCUGAGUGAAAGUGUGUGCACGUCGACUUUCAUAUGUUACACAACCAGAAGAGAGGAUGAUGAGGAUGAUGAAAAUCAAUAUAUUAAAAAUUAAGGAAUAAACAGAUUCAUUCAAACGUA